UCCCGCGAGAUCGCGCGUAAUCCUGCGUGGCCACGUGAAAUCCCGCGAUACCGAGCAAAGUUUAUUUCAAAAGGAAAUCAAGAAAAAGAGAAAAAAAAAAUCACGAUAUCUCACGAGAAAUUGCGAGAAUAGAAACAUGGCGGAAGAAGCCACGAUGUGUUUAAAAUGCCAACAUUGCACGGACUAUGAACAACAGGCUCACAUUCCCAUUUGUAAAUCAUGCGGAUGUGAUAAAAUAUUGCACAGUGUCGUCGGUGCUUGUAACAAAAGGCAAUGUCAAUGUCCAGGAUACCGAAAAAUUAGAACCAUCAGACAUUGUGUCAACUGUGGGCACUUGCCCAUGGAUCACGACUUCAAAUUUGAUUUAAAGGUUUUCCUCAACAAUCUAGUGGAACGUAAUAAAAGCAAUGCUUUGAUAUUAGAAUAUUUAAAGGACAUUGGUAUUACCUGGAGUGAAAGAACCCUCAAGAGAAGGUUAAAUGUUCUUGAAAUCAAGCGACAUGAACAUGUCCCUGUCCAAGAAUUAAGGGAUAUUAUUCAACAAGAAGUCGUUGUUUGUGGGGGACUGGCAGGUGUAAGGCGAAUAUAUGAUCAGUGUCGCCAGAAAUAUCACAAGAAAGUAAAAAGAAUUGAUGUGCAAGAGAUAUUGCGUGAAGUUGAUCCUGAAGGUCGGAAACUAAGGAUACGAAGGGCUUUAAAUCGACGAGUUUUUAAAUCACAGGGACCAAAUUGGAUUUGGUCUGUGGAUGGUAAUGACAAGUUGCAGUUCUUCCAUAUUUACAUACAUGGAUGCAUUGAUACAUUUUCACGCAAGAUUUUGUGGUUACAUGCCAACACUACAAAUAAGGAUUCUAAAGUAGUGGCUAAAUAUUUCUUUGACACUGUGAAGACUUUAAAAGUCUGCCCUAAUAGAACUAGAAGUGACCCAGGGACAGAGAAUGUAGACUUAAUUGAAUGCCAAAUGUUCCUAAGAAGAAAUAGCAGUGAUCAGCAUGCUUUCUCCAAUAGUCACAUCAUGGGGCCUUCACCACUGAACCAGAAAAUAGAGUGUUUCUGGUCAACUUUCCUAAAGAGAGUUUUAAUCCGUUGGCAGGAAGAAUUAAUGGGUUUGCACAGAGAUGGUUGGUAUGACAGACACAGUUGCAUUGACAAGUGGUGCAUGGUAUUUGUUUACUUGCCUCUGAUACAACAUGAUAUAGAUGCAUUUCAACUGUGGUGGAACAACCACAAAAUAAGACACCAAAGGCAGGUGUGGUUACCCACUGGUGCUGCUCCAAAUGACAUUUAUGCAUUUCCACAUUUAUAUGGCGGUCACCAGUGUGGAUUCACUGUCAGUGAUAGAGAUUUGGCAGAAGUUGCACGAGAAAAAACACUGAACUAUGAACAAUCUGCUCGUGUGCCACAGGACUUCUAUAAUGAAGCAACUAACUUCACUGCCACUAACCACUUGACAAUUGAAAUAUCCACUGCAGCAGAGUGUUAUAUUCAACUAAGGAGACACUUCAUCCUAGAAAGAUCUGCAUUACAGUCAUCUAUAUAUGUGUAAAAUGUAAUAUUAAUGUUUCUGCACCAACCUGCAAAUUCCAAAUUGCUGUACAGGAAAAAAGAAAAUAAAGAAUCACAAAAGAGGUUAUUUUCCUCUUUUUGAUACAUUAAUACAAUGUG